UUGUGUGCUUAAGGGUCUAACUGGUUCUCGAAACUGGUUCUGCGAAUUUUUCAGUUGUGUGAAUGGGAUUUUUUAGUUACAUGGUUGCAGGGCAGCCGUGCUGCAAACUUGACAGUGUCUCCCAAAAUUUGUACAUUUUUGACUAGUUUUUCUAAGUUUAGGGCGAUAAGGAGUGGCGAAAAAGUCGUGGUACGAUGUAUAUAAUAGUUCACAAACAUAGCAAAAACCGAGCACGCUGAAUCACAAGGGAAUGAGUGUCGCUGGUAAGUGGAGGUGUCUGGAACGCUUCGUCUAUGGCAGAUCCAGCUAACGCAAACGCUGCUGCCAGCACAAGCCGCCGCAAGCGUGUGCUGCCCCCGCAGCCACGUGCCGAGGCCAAGCGCCUUCGACCACAGGAAGACGACUCGAGACAUAAAACACCGAACGUGGACAACGCAGAGACAAGUCUGGCUAACAACAAACACACAAAAUCAAAAAAUCAGGAGGAAUUCGCAUCAACUUCAAAGCAAAUCAAAAACAAACAAAUCGUUCCUUCAACAUCAAGGACGUCAAGAUCUCAUCCUGAUAUUUUUGAAUUAGAACUACCUGAAGUUACGAGACAAAAGAGAAACAAAAACAGUACCGAGAUCAAUCAUAAACACAACAAUAUUGCGGGUACUUCGAGACAUAGCACUGAACCUUCUUCAAGUUCAUUAGAUAGUUUAAAUUCGGAAGCGAGCACUUCCAAAUCCUCCUCGUCUUCUAAACAUAAGUUAAAGAAAUACAGGAAAAUCUCUAAAUCACCGACUUCUCACAAAACUGAGACUAAAGAACAUCGGGGCGAAAAAUCCGGUUCUUCACGAAGGUUAGAAAAACAUAGGAUUAGGUAUAAGGUGGAAAUUAAAGAUUCUCCAAAGCAGAAAAAUAUCCAUAGUAAACGUUCAGAACGUUAUAGCAGCAAAAGUGACAUAAGUCUAAACAAUAAGAAAUACGAAUCGGAGGAGAACCUCAGUCGUGAGGACAGCAUACAUAAAUAUCCUCUCCGAAGUCGUAGUUUUACCGACCAGAGCUCUCAAAACACCCAUCAAUCAAAGAAGACACCAUCCGAACGAGGAAAACGUGAACUUGUAGCACUGGGGGCGACCAGCAGUCAGCCUAAUACUCGUGAGGAGCAGGAGCCCUCUCGCCUCACGCGAAGCGGAGCAGUGCUGAGGCGCAGCACACGGAAUAGCAAAGCGCACAGCUCAACAACGGGUUCCUGUGCAAGCUCGAGCGGCGCAAGUGGCAGCGGCAGCAGCUCGAGACGAGCAGCGAGGCAGCAUAAGGUGGGGGCGGCCGCUCCGGCUCUCCUUACGGCCCCUGCCACUCACGCUGCCGCAGCCAUGGCCGCCGAUCAACCAGAUUUGCCCAACAAUGGUCUGUCAGCUUCGGAAGAACCGCCGUCGCCGCAAGAGGCUACACAGGCGAUGCCUUCUAGUGGGGGCCCUUCAGGACCUGGAGCUGAUUCGGAGAGCGACGACAGUGAAGUGGGACGUUUACAAGCUCUCUUGGAGGCGAGAGGACUUCCUCCGCAUUUGUUCGGUGCAUUAGGGCCACGAAUGCAACAUUUAUUGCAUAGGAGUAUGGGAUCCAACAGCUCUGUCGCUAGAGCACAAGCACUUUUACCAGGCCUACAAGCUACAGGUGAUGAAGGCCAGCAACUACAAGCCGUAAUAGAAAUGUGUCAAGUGUUGGUGAUGGGUAACGAAGAGAUUCUUACUGGCUUUCCAGUCAAGCCGGUUGUACAGGCAUUGAUUACUUUGCUAGGAAUGGAGCAUAAUUUUGAUAUUAUGAAUCAUGCUUGUCGUGCUUUAACAUACAUGAUGGAAGCACUUCCAAGAUCGUCCGCGAUUGUCGUAGAUGCCGUUCCUGUCUUUCUCGAAAAACUACAAGUUAUACAGUGUAUGGAUGUUGCAGAACAGUCGCUUACUGCGCUUGAUAUGUUGUCACGUCGUCAUUCUAAAGCGAUUUUGCAAGCGCGUGGCGUUUCUGCUUGCUUAAUGUACUUGGACUUUUUCUCUAUUAACGCCCAACGUAACGCACUUUCUAUCACAGCAAACUGUUGCCUAAAUUUAACAUCGGAAGAAUUCCAAUACGUACAAGAAUCUUUGCCCUUAUUAGCAAGUCGUUUAACUCAACAAGAUAAAAAAUGUGUUGAAAGCGUUUGCUUGGCCUUUUCACGCUUGGUUGACAGUUUUCAAUUAGAACCAGCACGUCUUCAAGAAAUCGCCAGUACUGAACUUUUAACCAACUUACAACAACUUCUAGUUGUAACCCCACCUGUAAUAAGCACCGGGACUUUCAUCACAGUUUUAAGAAUGUUAUCAGUCAUGUGUGCCAACUGUCCCGAUUUAGCCUUAACUCUACUCAAGCAAAACAUAGCUGAAACUUUACUUUAUUUACUGACCGGCUCCGCGGAAGUUAAUCAAGAUGAAAUUGAGUUAAUACCAAGACAACCGCAAGAACAAUUCGAAAUCACAGCUCUUAUUGGAGAAUUGAUGCCUAAACUACCAUCUGAUGGUAUUUUCGCCGUCGAUGCGUUACUUGAACGGCCCUCGAAUGUGGCGAAAGACCAACCGGUGUGGCAAUGGAGAGAUGAUCGUGGUUUAUGGCACGCUUAUGGUGCUGUCGACAGUCGCAUAAUCGAAGCGGCACACCUCAACGGCGACGAUGAAGUCAGUUUGAAUACUUUAGGCCGCAUCUAUACGAUCGAUUUUCAUUCCAUGCAACAAAUCAACGAAGAUACUGGAACAUCGAGACCAGUUCAGCGUAGAUUCACACCGACCAGCGCCCAAUCAAGCGGCUCGGAAUCAUCACAUUCGGGAAAUCGUCCGAAUUCGGCAAGUCGUGAUGCUCGUGUUGCGUGUCUUCGCGAGGAACGUGGUCUCGCCGCUGCGUUUAUCCGUUCGUUGUUUUCCGUAUUGUACGAAGUGUACUCGUCGAGUGCCGGACCGGCGGUUAGAUGUAAGUGUUUGAAAGCCUUAUUAAGGAUGGUGUAUUAUGCCAGUCCUGAACUGUUGAAAGACGUUUUGAAAAAUCAAGUUGUGAGUAGUCAUAUCGCCGGUAUGAUGGCGUCUAGUGAUUUAAGAAUUGUUGUUGGUGCCUUGCAAAUGGCUGAAAUUCUUAUGAAUAAGUUACCUGAAGAAUUCGGGGUGCACUUUAGAAGAGAGGGGGUUAUACAUCAGAUUAAUCGACUUGCAGACCCUGAGAUUCCAUUAGGCGUUAGUCCCCCCAAAUCAAGUUACAGUUCAGCUUCAUUUUCUUCAACUUUGAACGAACCUAGCACUUCUCAACCUUCGAGCAGUUCCAGUCAUAUCGCGAAUGGUUCAGCGACCAGUUCCCACUUAGGCACUCCCUUGUCCUCUGCAAUGUACACUUCGACUCCAGACACCCAACGUGUUCAAGAAUCCGAAACUCGUUCACCUAGUCCCUCACACGUACGAUUAAGUGACGUAUUGAAACGUAAACGAGUACCGAAAAGAUCGGGAGUGUCAAGUCGUUCUAAAACACGUCAUGAAGAUCUUCCUAUAUCACCUUCUUUAAUGCAAGAUUUGUUCACAAAGGCUGCAUCUUUGGGCAAUUCCACACCAAGUAAUUCAUCAAGACCUCGAUAUUCAGGUUCGAGUUCGAAAACUAGUUUUCUUCAAAGUUUGAAUCCGGCGAGAUGGGGAAGAACUAUGAAUUCUUCGCAUGAUCGAAAUUACAGUAAAGAUGCCUUGAAUAGUCUGACCAAGUCGGCUUCGAAUUCGCAUAUCACGGCGGGGAAUAGAGAAAAGACAAGGACUUGGGUCCGCGAACAGGCUUCUAAAUUCAUUGAAACUUAUUCUGCGAAUGAAGAAGACCAUCAUCCGGCCACAAACGUGAUCACUAGAUUGAAAUCGGCGAUUGAAAAGUUGCACACUGUUAGAUGUGCCGAAGCUCUUAGAGAAUUGCGAGAAAUUUUAAUAGAUUCCGAUGUUUCUCCCUUUGAAGUAAAUUACUCCGGAUUGAUUAAAUCCCUAUUGGUGUAUUUGGCCGACGUGGAGGGUCCUUUCGAUCGCGAUCAGAGAUUGAGGAUCAUGUUGAACGUAUUUGCCGGUUGUCCCUUGGAAGCAAAUGUAACUGAAAUUAGCGAAUUAAAUUCGACUUGGAUGAGUGCGCUUGUAGCGAAACUGAACGGCUGCGUCUCACAAUUAGAACAGUUUCCUGUAAAAGUUCACGAUUUGCCUGCGACUUCGGGUGCUGGAAGGGGUGGAACUAGUGCUCUUAAAUUUUUCAAUACACACCAGUUAAAGUGCAAUUUACAAAGGCAUCCAGAUUGUACAAAUUUGAAGCAGUGGAAAGGCGGUACGGUCAAAAUUGAUCCUCUUGCAUUAGUGCAAGCAAUCGAACGUUAUUUGGUCGUUCGUGGGUACGGUCGUUUGCGUGAUAAAGACAGUGCCGAUAGUGACGAUGGUGAUUCCGAUGAUGAUAUCGAUGAUACGUUGGCGGGAGUUGUCAUAUCGCAAUCUGGAGCUAGACAUAAGUUACAAUUUUUAAUAGGCAACAAUGUUUUACCUUACAAUAUGACGGUGUAUCAGGCUGUACGUCAGUUUAGUAAUAAUGGCAAUGACCAAAGUGAAACAGAUACAGACAACGAAACUCCUUUAGGAAACGUUGGUAUUUGGGUCCAAACACACGUAAUUUAUUAUCGACCAUUAAAAGAAGAUAGUUCGUCGUCUAGUAAACCCAGUUCGUCUAGUGGAACUUCUUCGAGUCACUCCAGUAGGAAAGGGAAGGGGUCUUCGAGUAAGAGUACUUCUAGGCGUAAAGGAGACGACCUAUGGAACGAAGGAAUAACGCCUCUUGUGCACUCGCCUUUGUCUCCGUUUUUAACGACCCAACUCCCUGAAUCAGUGACAAUUCAAGACGCCUCAUUGGAAGUGCUAUGCCUUCUGCGUAUCUUGAACGCUCUCAAUCUCUAUUGGAGCACUCUAUACCCCGCCAUAGAAUACCGACCGAUCAUCUCACUGUCGGAAUUUCUCAAUAGUAAAAUAGCGGCAAAAGCAAGCCGUCAACUUCAAGAUCCCUUAGUUAUAAUGACCGGUAAUCUCCCCAACUGGCUUCAGCAGAUCGCUUCAGUUUGUCCUUUCCUAUUUCCAUUCGAAACACGCCAACUAUUAUUCUAUGCCACUUCGUUUGACCGAGACCGGGCUCUUCAACGCCUCCUAGACAUGUCACCGGAAUUGAGUUCCAGUGAUUCGCAAGAACGCGUCACUCCACGAUUGGAUCGAAGAAAACGCACCAUUUCUCGAGUCGAUAUUUUGAAACAAGCCGAACAAGUGAUGCAGGAUUUGGCGUCGUCGAAAGCACUCUUGGAAGUACAAUACGAAAACGAAGUUGGUACGGGAUUAGGUCCCACGUUGGAGUUUUAUGCUCUUGUAUCGAAAGAGUUACAAAAGAGUAAUUUGGAGUUGUGGAAUGCACCAGAUUCGCAUAGCAGUGAGUAUGUGAAUUGCCCAGCGGGGUUGUUCCCCUCUCCGUUGCCAAGAGGGGCGAAAGUUGGACAGAUUACGAAGGUUAAGAGCAAGUUUCGGUUUUUGGGCAAAUUCAUGGCUAAGGCUGUUAUGGAUUCUAGAAUGUUGGAUCUUCCGUUUUCGUUGUCGUUUUAUCGAUGGCUGUUGGGACAAGAACAUUGUUUGAUUCUUGCCGAUCUUAAAUAUGUAGCACCCGAUAUUUACAAGAAUUUGAAAAAGAUGUACGAUGUUGUAAGACAACGGGAUGCCAUAUUACAUGAUCCCAAUUUGACAGCAGAACAGAAGGAAGAAGAGGUCGAAAAACUGGAAUUUGACGGCUGCCCAAUCAGCGAACUCGGCCUAGACUUUGUUCUUCCUGGCCACAAUGUCGAGUUGAUAAAGAACGGAAAAACAACUCACGUCACAAUCCACAAUUUGCACCUUUACAUAAAAUUGGUAACACACUGGAUGCUGGUCGAGGGUGUUAACCGCCAGAUGGAGUCAUUGCGUGAAGGAUUCGAGUCUGUUUUUCCUUUGCAAAACCUGCGUGUGUUCCAACCUGAAGAAUUGGAGGCGGUGUUUUGCGGCAGUCCUCGCAAUUCGAUCUCCGGUUGGGACAUCAAGACGUUGAUGGAGUGUUGCAAACCGGAUCAUGGCUACACACCCGAUUCCAGAGCGAUCAGGUUCCUGUUUGAAGUAUUGAGUUCUUACGACCGAGAGGAGCAGAGGAUGUUUGUACAGUUCUUGACCGGAAGUCCGCGUCUGCCGGUCGGAGGGUUUAAGGCACUGUCGCCGCCACUAACUGUGGUUCGGAAAACUUUGGAACCCAACAUGAACCCUGAUGAUUUUCUCCCGUCUGUGAUGACUUGUGUUAACUACCUCAAAUUACCUGACUAUACAAGCAUCGAAGUGAUGCGAAUGAAACUUCACUUGGCUGCCUCUGAAGGACAGCAUUCUUUCUAUUUAUCAUAAAAACUGUAAGAGGUGUUUGAUAAAAUCGUGAACUCUACUAGUGUAUUUUAUACAUAUUAAAAAAAUAGUCAGCAAAAGUUCGAAUACUUGAUAUUAUAUUUCAUGAGAUGCAGCCCCCACUGUGGGUCAAGGUGCCCUAGCUACAUGUUUAGUUAUUUAUAUCUUAUUGCUGUUUCUUUCGUGAUAUUAAAAAAGUUGUUUACUUUGGUAAUCAAUGUGUUUUUGUUAUGUUAAUCGAUAUUUUAAGUUUAGUUGAUUUAGAAUUUUGAGUGAUUAUUUACUUAGGCACCUAUAGUUAGCAGUGAAGUGUGCUUGGUGUUUUAUGUUUUGUUUUUCUCUUCAAGAUACAGGGGGCAACGACUGAGUGUGCAAUGAACACGAGUGUAGUUCUAAGGUGUCACAACGAACAGUUGAAGUACUAAUUAAGGUCUAUUUGCCAAAUGUAUAGUUUACCGUUCUCACUCUUGAAGUGAUCAGUUAUUAACAAAAGGUAGUUUUAAUUUACAAAUAUGUUUCAAUAAAAUUUGUAUACAUAACCACAA